AUGUCAGCUGUAGAGAUCGUGGUGCUGUUCUCGUUCGUGUUUACGGAUGAGCACCACGGCAAGGAUGUAGGCCUCGAGGUUGAGACUGGACGCGUUUUGGUAUAUCUGGCGAAGCAGGUAGUCGGGACACGAGAUCCUGUUGAAUUGGAGCGACUUGGAGAAUUCCUGCGGCUCCAAGAAAUAAGAUCUAUCAGUGUCGUGAUACUUGAACGAGUCGUAGCAGCCCUUGACGAACUUGCACAGCCGGAUAAAGUCGCGGAAUUCAAGAUCAGAAGUGGUGGUGACGAACGUGUUGCACAGUUUGCGUGCGCUGUCGGAGCUGAAGUGGGUUCCUUCUGGGUUGGAGAGCAAUUGUCUUAG